UGUAAAAAAGCAAAACCCAAUCUUUCUUCCGUUUCUGAUUUUCCCGAGAAAACGCUCGUAACGCUCUCGCAUCUCUCCCUCUCUCUCUCUCUUUCUCUCUCUCUCCCCUCUCCUAGGGUUUCGGCUUUGCAUCUUCUUCUUCCUUCCUCUCUCUUCUCUCUGCUAUUCGUUGAGGGACGAUGACGACAAUGCCUCCGUCGGUCUCUCCAUCUCGCACCACCUGCGCUUCACUCCUCCGAGAAUUACAGAAAAUUUGGGAUGAAAUUGGGGAGAGUGACGGUGAGAGGGAUAAGAUGCUUCUGGAAUGCCUUGAAAUUUACCGUAGGAAAGUUGAAAACACCAGAAAGCAUAGGGCGAGUUUGCAUCAGUCCUUGGCUGAGGCCGAGGUUGAAAUCAGUAACAUUGUUUCAGCGCUGGGGGAGCAUGCCUCUUUUUCACGGUUUGAGAAGGGUAAAGGCACCCUCAAGGACCAAAUAUCAGCAAUUAAACCAAUUUUGGAGGAAUUGAGGUUGAAGAAGAAACAAAGAGUUGAAGAAUUCUCAGAAAUUCAAUCGCAGAUAGCGUGUAUAUGUGCAGAGAUAGCUGGUAAUGGUCAGUCUAAGAACUAUGGUGAUCCGCAAGUUAAUGAUAAUGAUUUAACAGCUAAGAGAUUGGCAGAGCUUAAGUUGCACCUUAAAGAGCUUCAGACUGAAAAGGUUUUGCGCUUACAGAAAGUUAUUGGCCAUCUUGGUUUCAUCCAUGAGCUAUCUGUCACCAUGUCAAUUGAUUUCUUAAACGUGGUUCAUGAAGUUCAUCCAAGCUUGAGUAAUUCCUCUUGUGGUAACUCAAAGAGUAUCAGCAACGAUACUCUUGCUGGACUAACAGAUUUGAUUAACUCUUUAAAGCAACAGAAACAACAAAGACUCAAAAAGCUACAAGGCCUUGGUAAGACGUUGAUAGAGCUAUGGAAUCUCAUGGACACGCCAAUUAUUGAUCGAAAACAAUUUGACCAUGUCACUAGCUUAAUUUCUUCAUCCACCGAUGAAGUGUCAAGGCAAGGAUGCCUUUCCCUACAAGUCAUUGAGCAGACUGAAGUAGAAGUUGAGCGGUUGAAUACUCUUAAAGGCAGCAAGUUGAGGGAAUUGGUGUUCAAAAGACAAAACGAGCUGGAAGAAAUAUACAGAGGGGUUCAUAUGGAUGUAGAAAGUGAUUCUGCACGACAGAUCCUCACUGAUCUAAUUGAUUCUGGUAGUGUCGACCUAUCUGAUCUGCUUUCAAGUAUGGAGGAUCAGAUUGUAAAAGCUAAAGAGCAGGCUCUAAGCCGGAAGGAUAUCUUGGACAAAGUAGAGAAAUGGAAGUUUGCAUCUGAGGAGGAGAAGUGGCUUGAUGACUAUGAAAGGGAUGAAAAUCGAUACAGUGCUGGAAAAGGAGCACACAAAAAUCUGAAACGUGCUGAGAAAGCUCGAAUUCUUGUGAACAAAAUACCUUCUAUGGUUGAAAGUUUGACUGCUAAAGUGAAAGCGUGGGAACUGGAUAAAGGAGUCCCUUUCUUAUAUGACAAGUUUCCCCUCUUAAAGAGCUUGGAGGAAUAUACUCUGGGACGUAUGGAGAGAGAAGAGGAGAAGCGUAAAUCCCGGGAACAGAAACGAUUGCAAGAACAACUUGCUGUAGCGCAAGAGGCAAUUUUUGGUUCCAGGCCCACGCCAAAGAAGCCCCCCCAAAAAAAGCCACUAGGUCCAAGCACCAAUGCUAACACAAUGGCGGGGACACCAAUUGGGCGCCGUGCAGCCACCGCUUUGGGCCGUUACGGAGCCUCAGCUGGGAAGGAACGUAGAGAAAGUGGAAGGGCGAAUAACAUAACACCAGUUAAUUAUGUUGCCCUUCCAAAGGAUGAUCCAGUUUCCCGGGACAAUUAGCUUUUAAGCCGUUUGUAAAUGGUUAUUCUGGUCCAUAUAUUAGAGUUCUACUUACAAGACAUCAACAAUAGACGCAGACAUUUUUUUUUUCUCUUUUUAACUCUUUUUUUUCCGCUUCGGUACAAAAUACAAAUUUGGAUUGUCUAGUUUCGAAUAUGUAA